GAGAACACAAACAUUCUGCGGGAUUGAACUUCCGUCUUGAUCUUUGAGCUCCUGUCAGCUGUGUUUUUAUUAUGAUAUUGCAACACAUUCGAUAUGGCGAGGUUGUUUAACUCACUGUUUAAAGAUUUAAGAGCGUUAUCAAUCAGUAACAUCGAAUUCUUUCAACAUGGGACCAACUACACGCAUUCCAAAUUCCACCAAUCCUUCUGCUUACUUUACGAGCACCUUGACAGAGGUAUCCAGCCAGCCAUUGAACAAAUUGUACCACUCCUUCCAAAGUAUGACCUGUCGCCAGACACACAGGCUAAUGGUUACCGCAGUCUUUUGAAGGUCGUCCAUAAAUGCUGUGUAAAUCUCCUAAGGCUGUCUCGGUACAUCAAUGUUAAUCGCAGUUCACUGUUUUUCCGAGGCAACUUUUACAGUAAGGAACUUGAGGCUUAUGUAAUAUGCCUUGGCCAGUUAAGAGCCACCCUUUACUAUGCACAGAAGUUGGUUGCAUACAGUCAGGAUGGUUCACUGUUUGCGGAUGAGGACAAUUUGAAUGAUCCCGUGGUGGAAAGUCUGGUGGAGGAAAUGGAGGGGCUGAGUCAGAACUGUUUCUACGGACGCUGUAUUGGAUUCCAGUUCUGUGCAAGCAUGCACCGGCCCCUUACAACAGUAGCCGUUGCUAUGGCUUCAUUCAGUGAGGGGUACCAAGAGAAAACAAAUUUCAAACAGCUGACAGCUUCUGUCGUCCACAGUGGGAGGUACUUCAUGAAUCCGGAACUAAGAGCAGAGCAGAUUGUGAGCGUAACAAGAACAGCCAAUGUUGAAUUUUGUAAGAAUUUCUGGUCCAUCACAGAGUCUGAUAUAAUGCAGGCUGUGCCUUCCUUGGUGUGUCCAGCCAUCAAGGUGAAUGAAGUCAUGUAUCUGAUGCCAGAGCCUUUUGAACUUCCAGCUGUCAACACUGACAACCCAACAGAUUUGAUUACAAUCACACCUCCCUGUGCCCACACCGGGCCAGGGACAAUCAAAGUCAGACUCAUGUCAUUCGAGCCCAGGGAGGGGCAGGAACUAAGACACGGGAACCAGAACCCACGACAUCGCCUCCCAAUGUCCAGCAGUCUCUUAAUCCAUUGUCACGGUGGAGGCUUUGUAGCCCAGUCCUCCAAAUCCCAUGGGAUUUACCUCAGACAGUGGGCCAAGGAUCUCAAUGUUCCCAUACUGUCUAUUGAUUACUCUUUAGCUCCAGAACAGCCCUUCCCUCGGGCAUUGGAGGAGUGCUUUUACGCCUACGCUUGGGCCAUUAAAAACUGUACAAAACUAGGCUGGACGGGAGAGACCCUGUGCCUAGCUGGAGACAGUGCCGGGGGAAACCUGAUAAUCUCUACUGCCCUCAGGGCAGCAUCCUAUGGGAUUCAGAUUCCAGAUGGGAUCAUGGCUGCCUAUCCCGUGGUCCUGGUGAGGUACACCCCCUCCCCCUCCCGCAUCCUCUCCCUGAUGGACCCCCUACUACCUGUCGGGAUAAUGAUGAGAUGUCUGGCAGCAUAUGCUGGGAUAUCAGAAAAGUUUGAGAAUACAAUAGAGAAUGAGCCAUUUGAAAUCAUAGAGGCAGAUGAGGCGCUCUUGGAGGAAGACAUAUUUAACUACAAGGUCAAAAGUGGUGACAAGGGAGACAACUUCUCUUCGAUGACAAGUAGCUGCCACUCCAUUGAAUCUGAGGAGGAUUUAGAACAUGAAAUAUCAGGGCAAAAUGUAUCAAAUCGAUGUCACUCUAUAGAAUCUCUCCAUGCCUUGGAUGAGCAGGACAUUUCUAGUCAACAGUCAUCUGUACUGGAGGGAAUUUGUGCUGAUUCUGAUGAUGACAUAACCGUAUUAAAGAGAAUUAAUCAAACCACUGAUUCUGUGAUGGAAGUAGAAGAUCUGAACAUGGAAAACUCAGAAGAAAUUGUUUUAGAAAGUUCAGAGGAGGAGGACUAUGAUAUUGUUAAACCAGAGGAAAUAGAAGCGCCACCUAGUGAUGACAAUGAAAUGAAGAAUAUUGCAUUUCCUGUGUCCAUCUCUGAUGGACACUUACAGAAAUCCAAAUCAGGUCAGUCUCCACCCUCUGUGAUGGACAGCGUGGCAGGUUCACUGACCAAAUCCAACAUUUCAGGACCCCAGCUCUUAGAUUCACAGGACAGAGAAAACAAACUGGUUCUGACAAUGCCAGACCGUCCAAUUCAGUGCCUGACACACAGUCCGUCCUGUCCGGAGAUUAGUGAAUCUCUACGGUACGGAGUCACUAGAAAAUUUACACCACAGUACACCAAGGAAAGUCAUCGGAGGUUCAGUCCACUUCAAAUGUUCCGCAGACUCCCAAUCGUAAAGAAUCCUUACAUGUCCCCGUACCUCGCUCCCGAUGAAAUGUUGAAGUGUUUACCUCCAAUAAAAAUAGUGGCCUGCCACCUAGACCCUCUACUGGAUGACUCGGUGAUGUUUGCCCGUAGGCUGCGUAGCCUUGGUAACCAUGUGGAACUUCACCCAAUGGAUGAUCUUCCGCAUGGCUUCCUCAAUUUCUCCACAGCUAGCAGAGAGGCAAGACUGGCAUCGGAUGUGUGUGUCGAUAAAAUACGGCAAAUCUUGCAGCUCUCCACCUAACAGAUCCGUAACUUGAAUGAAGCUUUUAUAAUGGCAAAUCAAUGCAAUUAUAUUUUCAAUACAUUUGAUGGAAACACCUUAGAGAUGCAGGAGAGAACUGUCUUUCAGCUGUAUUCAUUAUACCCACAAACAAAAUAUUUUAUUGAUAUUAAUUUCAAACUUCUUGUGUACUUUAACAUGUAACAUGAAUAACGGGAUUCCUAUCUUAGUGUCUUCAGCAUUGAAUCAAGGUCACUAAUUUAUGGUUGUGCUGAAAUAUGAAUUUCCCUAUUGGUUCAUUAUCAUUCACAGAAGCACUAAUUCAUGAUUACCGUAUGUGCAUCAACUCUUAUUGUACUAAAUUUAGACUAUUAACGAUGCAUGUAUUAUGUAUUUAACUUUGCUAAGAAUAAUUUUUCAUAAGUAUUUUUGAAACAGUUACCUGUGAUUACGAGUGAAUGUGAUAAGAUUUUGUCCAGAAAUGGUGCUUGCUUUUGUAAUAAGAUUAGUGCAUGUUAUACUAGAAGUGAUAGUAAAUUUGUGGUUAGAACAAGUCUGAGAAGUUAUUUUAUUGGAUAUUGUCAAUAUUAAAUAUAGAAUUGAUCAAAAAUGGCAAACAGAAUUUACUUUUUUGGCAUUAUAUAUUAUAUUCGUGUUUUUAAAAAAUGAAUUUUUUGAAAUCACAAUAUGAUAUAAUGACUUUCCUGACAAGAUGGUCUGUGAUAAAAAACAUAUAUUAGACAAGGUUAAGAGAAUAUUUACACUAUAAUGUCUUUUAGUGUUGUAACAUCAUUCUCAUGUCAAGUAACUCGCUCUGAUAUUCAUGUAGAUUCUUUUUUUUCAAAAACUUUUUUUUUCUUAUUAAAGCAUUUAUCCAGUACGGUAAAUUUUGUUUACAAUGUUUGUUGCUAAACUUUUAUUGAGUUUAGUCCAUACUCUAAUACAUGAUUUUAUAUUAUCCUUCCUCAAAGUUUAUUGCCAAGAUGUAUGUUCAGGUUUCACAGUAUUUCAGAUUCCGUAAGUUAUGGAUUAGUUUGCUUACACUGUGCUACAUCUGUUUAGACGUAGAGAACAAUUAGAAUACAUAUAGUCGAUUAGUUUUUAUGUCGUGUCCAUUUGACAGGUUAUGGAUUCAAUAUCUAGCUUGCACAUGCCCUGUUAUACUUAUGCUAAUUCUAUACUUAUUACAUGUAAUUUUAUAAUUCAAUUUUGUAAUUCAGAGGUGCUUUUAACCGAGAUAUGUUCAAUAUCUUGCUAUCUCUUACAUCAGGUUCAUAUAUUAUUCUUACAAUUAUGCUCAAAAUCUAUUUUUACAUUUCUAAUUUUUUAUGGAAUAAGCUCUUGAAAUAGAAAUAUAUGUAUUUAUAUAUAUAUUUAUAUAUAUAUACAUGUAUAUAGAAAUAGAAAAAUGCAUAGGAAGUCAGUAUGUGGUAAGGUAUCAUAAACUACACCAAGACAUGGAUCAUGAAACACUUAGAAAAUUAUAAAAUCAAACUUUCAAUAUUUUGUAAAGUGCUUAAUAACUGUAAAAGUGAAACUAAGAGUUUGCCGUUAUAAGAUUGUACAUCUCCCAAGUCCUGAAAAUUGGGAAUUUCAUUUCCAGGUAAUGACCUUAUAUUUUCCCCAACCUACUUUUACAGUGUAUCAGAAUGAUUGAAUAUCUGAAUUUUAUUUUACUAUGGUAUUUAUGGACUUUUUUUUAAAAACAAUGCACAAAUGCUUGUCCUAUUCAAAAAACUCAUGUGUUGCUACUGAGAUUUGAACCACCAAAUAAAUCAUAUUCAAGAAAUUAUAGGCCUUCAUCAGGUAGAUAUUGCAGAUAAAAUGUUUAUAAUGAAACUAUAGAUUUAACGUCAUGAGAAUAUAUAAAUGCUAAACUUUAUGAUAUAAACUAUAAAGGAACUCCUAGAUGAGAGAUACUGGGCAUUUCAAAGGGAUGUACAUUGUUAACAGCACCCUGGUGACUUUUUUUCUGAACUGUUUGACCGCUAUACAAUUUUAGCACAAUACACAAAUUUUGACCUAGUCUAAGGUCCAUCUUGAUCCUACCUGUACUAGCAUAAGAUUGUUACCUGUUCUUAAAGCAUUAUUGAGUGUUGUCAUAGUUACUACAGACAAUGGACGAAUGUACCUAAACAAUGAAAAAGCUGAUUAUUUUUUCAAAGUACUGUACAUGUAUUUGUUUGAAACAUCACUCACGUGAUAUGCUCUCUCUCAAACAGAUAAACAUAUUUGUUUGUAAUAAAAAGGAUUUAUUUUUCUCUUUCAAAUCAUCAACUAUUUUUAUGGAACAUGUAGGUUAGGAGAUAUUUUUGAAAUUAUGAGAAGAAAUUAAACAUUGUUCAGUCAGUUUAUUGUCAUAAAUUUCAGAUAAAAAUGGGUUCAAAGGGUGAUUUUGUUAUGAAAGGCACAGUGAAUUUUUGUCAACCUUUCGGAUGCUUUUAAUUGUCCAUUGUGUGUUAAUUGAUUGACAAUUAGUACAUGCUUUCCUAACCACUACUAGUGAUUUAUAUAUAAUCUUGUUUGUUUUUUUGUUGUUGUUUAAAAUAAAGUCUUAUUGCCAUGAUCAUGUUAUAAUGAAAAUUUUAUGUUUCUUUUUUAAAAUCAUGGAUUAUUGAGAUUGUGAUAAUUCAUUAUGAUUUUGAAUAUUAUGAAAUUAACUGUUAUGGAUUUGCACAUUCCCUGCAUGUCUUAUGUUGUAUUUACAGUAUAAAUAAGGUGUUACAUGCAUUGGUCAUCACCAUCUAAUUAAUCAGGGAUGUUCUGGCUGGAUUUCUGGAAAUAAACUUUAAUUGAAACUUGACUCGCGUCUGAGAUUAUACUCAAAUUUUGACUGCUCAAAUAAAAGAACAGUCAAACUUAA